AUGUCUAUAUUACUGAAUCGUCAACCUUCCGCGGAUUAUCGCCGAUCUGCUUCCAUCGGCCGCAGCAGCGGGCCUACGAUCAUGGAAAUCAUCGCAACGGACGAAAAACCAAAGCCUCCUUCCGCCUACUCUGGUCCUCCUCCCCUUCCGAUGCAUCGCAUACCACCGCACGAGGGAUCGCAUGGUCCGCCCAGCGCACAUGGCUUGUAUGAGCCUCCGCCUGCAUGGCGUCCGUCAUACCCCUCGGCCUAUGAUGCCCACCCCGCGGAACCACGGCGGGCGUCAAACCCUCCCCAGCCUCCUUUGCCCUCUCAUAAUUAUUCCAUCAUGCCGAACCGAGAACUGCCGCAACUGCCUCCCGACGGCCCCUACGGUCGACCUAGCAGCCUCCCGGGCCCAACCCAUACGCCCCCGGAACAUCCGUUGCCGCCUCCGAACUACCGGCCGAUGAACGGAACCCCCCAUGAGGCUGCUCCCCAUUCUGCGCCUCCGGAUUUCCGCCCGCGCAUGUCCUUUCCACCGCAAGAACCACACCCCAAUGGAGAACCUCCCCUUCCUGCGCACUCGAUCCCGCCUACGCAGUAUGCAACAACCCCAGUCCCGCAUAUCCCAAACACCCCAACCCCGUACGAUGCUGGCUACUACCAGAACCAAGCCUUGGGCAUGCGCCAGCGAAAGGCUGCUCGAGCUCAACAGGCCUGCGACCAAUGCCGAGCGAGGAAAGCGAAAUGUGAUGAAGGGCGACCGGCAUGUAGCCACUGCAAGGAGAAUGGCUUGACAUGUGUUUACAAAGAAGUGCCUCCUCACAAACAGGAAAAGGCAACCCAGCUACUUUUGGACCGAAUGCAGCAAUUGGAGGAUCGCCUGGAGGAUCGCAUGACACAAUUACAGUCAAUUCAGGUCGAGCAAGGAUCGCAACUGAGCCGACUGCUUUCCGCCGAAUCCAAGCUUAAAGAACCCAAGGUUAUACCCACCAAAGAGGCUGCCCGGCCACCGUCGCAGAAACAGACAUCCGCUCGCCUGCUGAAGCCAGACGCCCCCGAAUCUUUGCGAGAGACAAAGGCCAAAGACGAAAACGUUCCUUUUAUUGUUGGACAGGAUGUCGACGGUGUUGAACCCGCCGAGGAAUCUCUCAAGGCUGAGGAUGAUGGAGAGUUGUCGAUUCCCGUGGAGCAUACAACAGCAGCCCAUAAGUUACUACAUUGGCCGUCAAUCAAAAGUUUGCUUUGGCCGAGAGAAUACGACGAGGAUUAUGUGAUGAAGUUAGAGGAAGAGCGAGGUCUGAUUCGUGUGUAUGGUCGGGGUGAAGGGGAUAAUACAAGUGAGGACACUGGGAUGUUGCUGACACCGUCGAAUUCGACUCCCGUCUGGGAUGAGAGCUAUAAUAAUGGGGCUUCGCCCAGCGGACCUUGGAGCAACCCAGCAGCCGCACCUCCGCCGAAGCGCGACAAUGGUCUCGAGGAAUCUGGUGUGUUGACCACGGAUCCCGAAACGGUGCGCCGCUACCAUCAGUGUUAUAUGGACAACAUUCAAAAGCUUCAUCCAUUCCUUGACCAAAAUGAGUUGGAAAAGAAGAUCGAAGUUUUCAUUAAACUAUACUGCCCCCAGAAGGCUUCUGGUUCGACCCCGAUCAUGAGCAACGCGGGCGAAAUCCCGCGGGGCGCGAAACGGAAGCGCUCUUGCGAGACCUUGCAAGGAGCCGGGUGCGACGUUCAAUCAUCUCCUGGUUCCAAACCAGAAAGAUAUUACACACGACGAAUCGAAAAGUCAAUCGAUAAUGCUAUCAUUCUCUUGGUUCUCGCCGUUGGCAGCAUCUGUGAAUGGCGAGAUCUUCCUGUCCCAGGUCCGGUCCGCGACACUCCCGUCGACUUCCGGAAAGAGCGAAUACCCGGUCCACCUACGAAUAGCAUCCUGUCACCCGCCGGAUCUGAUCCAGCCAUUCCACAGUCAGGAAGCUUUUACGCACCGACUAGCAACGCCUUCCCUUCCCCCUCAAUGCUUGAUGGCCGAAAGGGUCUCUCUGGGCGCUCGAUGUCGUUAAGUCGCGACGGAUCUGACACUCGACACCUGCGAAACUUGGAUGUAAUUCCUGGACUAGCAUACUAUGCGUAUGCGACACAGAUUCUUGGUAGCCUUCAGGGUGCGAAUGGGCUGCUUCACGUUCAAGCGGCGUUGUUGGCUGGUCUGUACGCAGGACAGCUGGCACAUCCCUUCCAGAGCCAUGGAUGGAUCUACCAGGCCGCUAGAGCCUGUCAAGUGCUCGUGAGAUCGAAACGUUAUGAGCAGAUGCAGGAUGGUCCUCUGAAGGAUCUUUAUGAUUUUGCAUACUGGACUUGUCUGCAGCUUGAAAGUGAUAUUCUGGCGGAACUCGAUCUUCCAGCUAGUGGAAUUUCCCGCUCGGAGGCUCGCAUCUCCUUGCCAAAGGGCCGAUUUACUCUCAGUCUCCCGAAUGAAAUCUGUGCACCGAGCACUAUGAUGAUGUUCUUCUAUUCUGCCCAGAUCCAUCUUAGAAAGGUCCUUAAUCGGGUUCAUACUGACCUGUACAAGGUUGAAAAAGUAGGACAGAAUCGUUGGUCCUCGAACGUUCAGGAAAUUCUAAGCAUGAACCUUGAACUAUGGAGAAGUAGCUUGCCUGAGGUGAUGAAAUGGAGAGAUACCGACCCGCCGUCUAAGGAGAUCAAUGUGGCACGGAUGCGAGCCAAGUACUAUGGUGCACGAUACAUUAUCCACAGACCGCUUCUCUACCAUGCAUUGCAUUUUGGUGGUCAGAACGAUCGGUCCACAUCCGUUGACUCUCCUACCGGAUCUGCGAUGUCCGGAUCUAAAUCGCAGCAAGUAUCGCCCUCAAUGACACAUAGCCAGCGGGCUACAAAUAUGAUGCGAUUAUCGAGUGACAUGGGGCCAAGCACUCGGGCUCAGCCGCCCUCUUCCAAUGGAAACUUUGGGGUUGCAUACCAUUACCGGGAUCUCCCAACAAAGCUCCGAAGAGCAUGCAAAGUCUGCGUCGACUCUGCAAUCCUGAGUACGGAGGCAUUUGAUGGUAUUGAGGGACGUCCUGUAGUGACGAACAUUUUCGGAACUGCUCAUGCGCAAUUCGGUAACAUGUUGGUUCUCUCUGCCACAUUCAUGUCCAACCUCUCGGAACUGGUAGACCGAACUGUUCUUGAGAGACUACUCAAGAGGACCAUCUACUUCCUUCUCCGGAGCCAAUACAUCUCUCCCAGUCUGCGCGCAGAUGCGAAGAUUCUCACUGAGAUCUACGAAAAGAUUUUCCAAGAGCCAGCCGGAAGUUUCUCAACAGAGCCAUCAAUAUGA